AUGCCAGUGAGCAACAGAGCUUCUACCGUGACGUUUCCGUUUCCUCCAGGUCGUCAGAGUUGCAGUGCUCCGCGUAAUGGCAACACGAGCGACAGGACUAUGCCUCCUGCCAUUCCUACACCUAUAUACCGCCGCGCAGCACCAUCGGGCCCCUGGCCAUGGAUGGACUUUGAUACCGAUUCUGACGUUACCCUCAGUCGUGACCAACCACCAGCCGCACCUGAGGCUGGUGCAGCGGGCCAGUCCGAGCCAUGGCGCGGAUACCCUGCGGCACUCUUUGGGAACUGGCAGCCAGACCAGGUGAAGCGGAGCAAGAUGCUGAGCAACUGCUCCGAGGUCGAUACGUGCUCUGUGCAUUGGCUGGAUGUCCUUAAAGACGGGGAUUUUAAGAUUCUGGUUGAGGAGGGAAUAGACCAGACGAGUAGGAUUACGCAUGACCGGAUGGGUGAGUUUUGGGAGCUGUUGCAGACGCCUCGACCUGCGAAUAUCCGCAUGCUUGGAACGAAGUAUAAUAUCGAGCCGUUUUUCUUUUCUUCAUCCCUGAAUUGGAUACCCUCGCAUUACCAAGAAGAGGUUCGGCCGGGAAAGGGUGAUCAUAUUACCAUCACACUCCCAUUCAUCCGGAUGACGCAAAACCCAGUCACUCGGCCAUCAACACCCAGCGAAACACUAGGUUCAGGUUCGGUCGUUGCCCGCUCCAUCUGCAAUCACUCCCAGCUAAAGUAUUUGCCUCCAGACGAACAGCAAAUCAUCGACACCCAAGCAGCGCUCUCUCUCAGCUGUGGCAACAUUCUCCUCCACGAUCUCCUCGCGAUGCACAUGGCGCGCGCAGAGGACUCGAGCACGAUCAUAUCACAUCAUCCAAACUCUAGUUGGCGCCGUCCGUCCCCAAAGCGGCUCCACUCCCUCGUCUACCGUGCGGGCCAGAGCGUAUAUUGGCAAAAAAUCUUCGAUAAAUCCAAGGACCCGACGUUUUUGUUCCUGGCUAUCUUGUGGUAUGCGCUCUACUCAUGGGACCAGGCGUUUGAAUCGCUGUACAAUCAUAUUCUUUCGCUGGAAUCCGAGGUUCUCUCAACGAAUAAAAUCACUCUCACUCGUAAACUCUACAUCAUUCAAACCCACCUCCUCCAAUACCAAUCGCUUCUCCAAGACUACCACAAGUCUGUCGACUUUUUGCAGAAGACGCCGAAUCCCGCUAUGGAGUCCGACGAUUACAGCCCUGCCGAGCGUAAGGACUCGGUGGAGCUCAUGAACAGGGAGUGUGCGAAUCUGCUUUCGGAGAUCGGGAGGUUGGAGAACGGGCGGUCGAUGCAGAGCAGCAGGCUGAAGAACGUGAUGGAUCUGUCGUUUGCGACUGUGAAUAUUGAGGACAGCAAGCAUAUGAGGGAGCUGACGGAGGCUACUGUGCGGGACUCGGGUGCGAUGAAGCAGAUCUCUUACCUCACGAUGAUAUUCCUUCCUGCUUCCUUUACUGCGGCGGUGUUUGGGAUGAAUGUGAAUGAGAUCAGCGGGACGAAAGGACAGGAGACGCUCGUUCAUUAUGUCGCGGUGGCUUUGGCUCUCACGUGCGCGACUUCGUGGAUUGUGGUGGCAUGGCAUUCGGAUGGCCGUUUUGUCAAUGAGGAUAGUACUCUGACGGAGCGCGUCUGGUGGCCGGUGUUUUAUCUCCUCAGACUGUUCGAUGGUAAAUGGAGGCAGAGACCGCUGCCGGGGCUCCAGAAUAUAGUUUGA